GGGCUUCCUAGCCAGUCUGGAUAUUUGUCCGCGGAUUGAUUAACUAGGCGAUCCAGCCUCGUCCACCGUCGCCAUCCUAGAUGUUUCUUGCUGCGCUUCUGCGCGGAUCGUUGAUUCUUCUUACCUCUAUCUGACUAUAUACACCUAGGAAGCAUUCUCUGAGAUCCAUACAGUACAGCAUCAGCUAGGAUGGCGGACGACGUGGAGAAGGAACAAACCAUAAUGGAUCCUACCAGCAACGGGGAUACCGGCAACAAAAACGAGGUGAUCUCAACCAGUGAGUCCGAUCCUCAGUCGUCGGAGAAUCAACAGUCCGGCUAUCAAAAGGGUGGUCCAGUCUUUGACACUGGCCUCAUAUCGUGGCUACAGGUCCUGGGCUCGUGGUUUUGUUUCUUCAAUUCAUGGGGCAUCAUCAACACAUUUGGUGUCUUCCAAACGUACUAUGAACAGGCGCUUCCCAAUCAGACUGCGGACAACAUCGCUUGGAUAGGAUCGAUUCAGUCCUUCCUGCUCAUGUUAAUCGGUGUUAUAACUGGCCCUCUAUUCGACGCGGGUUACCUCAAGGCACUCUUGACAUGUGGGACAUUGGCGCUCUCAUUUGGCCUCAUGAUGACCAGCAUCUCGACGCAGUACUGGCAUCUAAUGUUGGCACAGGGCGUUUGCGUCGGCUUGGCUGCUGGCUGCCUUUUCGUCCCCUCUGUUGCGGUUCUACCGCAAUAUUUUAAGCAGAAGAGGGGACUCGCCAAUGGACUUGCUGCUAGCGGGAGCAGCAUUGGCGGUGUUAUCUAUCCGAUCAUGUUCCAUAAGCUGCAGCAGGAGAUCGGAUACCCAUGGGCAACGCGAGUUCUUGGGUUUGUCGCCCUGGGAACGUGCUGCAUCUCGCUUUCAUUGCUCCGCAUGCGUUUCAUGCCAACCGAGAAACGCGCGCUGAUUCAGCUUUCUGCCUUCAAGGAAGUCCACUACGUGCUCUUCUGCGUGGCCAUGUUCCUGGGCUUCUUGGGGUUCUACAACUUCCUGGUAUAUGUUCAGCCGUAUGCGAUACAGACCGGUAUCGUCAAUGACAAUGUCGGGUUCUAUCUUCUACCGAUGCUCAACGCAGCUUCGAGUUUUGGUCGAAUUGUACCCAAUUUCAUUGCUGACCAUACUGGACCCCUGAACAUGCUGGCGCCCGCAGCUACCGUGACUGGAAUACUCGCUUUGUGUUGGCUUGCGGUCCACAAUGCUCCUGGGAUCAUCAUCCUUGCUAUUCUAUAUGGUUUCUGCUCCGGCGGGUUCGUGUCCCUUCCACCUGUUGUCAUGGUCACCCUCACCAAAGACAUACGAGACCUGGGAGCCAGGUUGGGGAUGUUCUUUGCUUCCAUCGGAAUCGCCAUGUUGAUCGGGACCCCAAUCGGUGGUGCCAUUCUGAACGAAACGCACAAGUACAUGGGAGUGCAGCUCUUUACAGGGUGUUCUAUCAUCGCUGCUGCUAUUCUGUUAUUGACUCUGAGGUUUUCACGUACCGGACUCAGGCUGUUUGUACGAGCAUGAGUCGUUGAGUAUGGAAAUACACCAUUUAACGGUGCGCUUACCUGUUGGUCGAGAGAAAUCUCAGCCGUCGCGGUCUGGCCUCAACAAUUCAGACAGUUGCAGGUCUAAGAGUUGGUCAAGUCACCGACUCAGGAAAAACUGGCAGCACUUGUGUCUUUCCCGACCCGAAACAUGGGGCUGGCAAUAGACAGCUGCCCUACAUUCAGAUCUAUAGCAUACUGUGGCCAUAGUAUCUUUAUCAUCACGCCCUGGACAGAAAAGGAUCGAGUAUUGUACAUACAUACAUGUAUGUAUGUA